AUACAGGUAUUUAACUUAAAUGUAGGAGUAUCAUUUAUUAGCAUAAUCCAAUGUUAAUGUAGUGAAUACAUCAGAGUUGUUACUGUGGUGCUUGGAGUAACUCAACACAUCAACCUGGAAAGAUGUCAACCAAGUUCACAAAGGGAACUCUUGUGUGGGUGAAGCACCCAGUGGAAGCAUGGAAACCCGCAACUGUUGGGGAGGUUUUAUCGAAAGGAAAAAUCAAAAUUUUUUAUUCAGAUGGGAGUGAAGAGAUUAUUAAGUCAUCGUCUGGCAACCCCUUGCUUCGAAUGAUUCACUGUGAAGGAGACAUAGAAGUGCAGAGAGUGGGAGAGAAUGAAGAUUAUCUAUUCUCCGAUGAUUUGACAAAGAUGUCACAACUUAUUACACCAGCAGUUCUCCAUUCUCUACACAAAUCAUACAAAGGAGGCAGAUAUUACAGCAAACUUGGAUCUGGGACUGUUCUUGCACUUAAUCCUUUCAAAGAUGUUCCAGGACUUUUUACUUUGAAGACAAUCCAAUCCUACCACUCUGUAUCAUUAUCCGAACUCCAACAUCUGCCAGCCCAUGUCUAUGCAGCAGCACAAAGUGCCCUUGUCUCUCUCCGAGCUUCCGUAGGAAAAGUCAACCAAUCGAUUAUUGUGAGUGGAGAGAGUGGUGCAGGAAAGACUUGGACAGUUAGAUGCUUGAUGAGAUAUCUUGCCGAAGUUGGUAUCGAAUAUAAACGUCGAUUAUCGAGCAACGACAUGAGUUCGACACCUUUGAAAGGAUUUCACGUCACCCCUAUUCGAGCGUCGAUGAAAACCACUAUUUAUGAAGUCAGCCAUGGCCACGGAAAACAUUCAGUGACUCAUAGCUCCCCUAGUGGUGAUCCAAAACUACCGAACGGUUAUUUGAAUGAUAAAGAAAAGGAGAAGGUUAUCUUGACAACUAAUAACGAUUCUAUAGCAACCGAUAGCAUUUCCAUGACAACAGAUGAUAACAUUUCUACCGUAACUGAUAGGAAACUAUCAUCUUCUUAUGAAGAAAUAUUUGAAGAUAAUUUAAAUUUGAACGUGAAUAAUAACAACGAAAUAAAAGAUCAAAAUAUUGAUCCACAAGGUGGCGCUGGGGAUGGUUUUGCGGCCGCGAAACAGUCAAAAUUUGAUGAAAAUAAGAAUUUAGGAAAAGUUCUCGACUUUGGAACGGAAGACGAGUUGUUGAAAGAUGAGGAUGAUGAUAUCUUAGAGGAUAUGGAUGAAACUGUGGAAGACUUGAACACCAGUAUCCAGAUAGUUGAUCGGAUAGAACGAAGGAUUUUACAUUCAAAUCCGAUCCUAGAAGCAUUCGGAAACGCUCAUACAUUGAGAAAUGAAAACAGCAGCAGAUUUGGGAAGUAUAUCCAGUUGCAGUAUGAUAGAUCAGGUACAAUAGUUGGCGCUCAACUUCGAACUUAUUUGCUUGAAAAAACUCGCGCCGUCCGUCAUGAUCCUGGCGAGAGAAGUUAUCAUAUAUUCUAUCAAAUGUUUCAUGGAGCCACUGAUGAAGAAAGAGACGAAUGGAAAUUACCUGAGUGCCCUUUCCCAGAAGAUGGCAGGCCAAAGCAUGCCGAACCAUCAAGCGCAGAGUUUGAAAUGAAACAGAAAUCAGAUUUUCUUGAGACAAGAUCAUCAAUGUUGCGGAUAGGAAUAUCUACUCAAACACAAGAACUUAUUUUUAAACUUUUGUCAGCUGUUUUGCACUUGAGACAGUUGACCUUCGAAGGCUCAGAUGACCUUCAGAACCCAUGUACAUUGGAGGAAGAGAAUGAAUUAAACAAAUCAAGUCUUCAAACUGCAGCUGAGUUGUUGGGGGUUCAUGAAGAGACUAUAAUGCAGGUGAUCACAUUCAGAGAGAUAACAGCACACAGCAAUCGGCGUAAAAGUGUUUUUCAUCGCCCAUCUACAGUCGAAGAAUGUAACAGUCGUCGAGAUUCAUUAGUCAAACUCAUCUAUGAGAUUCUAUUUCACUGGAUUGUUGAGAGAGUGGGUGAUAGUGUUUGUGCCCCUGAUAGUAAAUGGUGCAACUUCAUAGGUCUUCUUGAUGUUUAUGGUUUCGAAAGUUUUGAAAACAACAGUCUGGAACAAUUAUGCAUUAAUUAUGCAAAUGAAAAAUUACAGCAACAUUUUGUUUCAAGUUUCUUGAGAGAGCAACAGGAGGAAUACACAGCUGAAGGUGUUGCAUGGACUCCUUGUGAUCUGACGGAUAACGUGGAUUGCUUACUUGCAUUGGAGUCACCAAGGAAUAGUUUGUUCUCUUUGUUGAAUGAGGAAUGCAGAUUAAACAGAGCCAGAGCUGGUGGGCAAUUGAAGAGUCGUGUUGAGUCGAUGUUUCAUAAAAACAAAUACAUCAUUCAACCAAGAAUUUCUACGCAAGCCCCAAGCUUCUCUGUUGUUCAUUAUGCUGGGCAAGUUUCAUAUAAGACUGAAGACCUAAUUGAGAAGAAUAAGGAUGAAAUUCCAAAUGAGAUUACGCAACUUCUUGCUUCCAGUGGAAACAAAUUUGUCUUCGACCUUUUCAACCAAGGUCAAACAAGAUUCGAAGAUUCUGAACAGACAGAUCAAGAAUCUUCAAAGCAAGGGAAACAUAGGCCAACUGUGUUGACUAGGUUUAAGAAAUCUCUUGACGAUUUGCUUGACACUCUCGGAUCAACGGAUUGUCAUUACAUCAGAUGUAUCAAACCAAAUGAGCAAUCUGUUCCUGAUGUGUUCGAUGCAAAAUUUGUCCUCAGUCAGCUAGAAGCAUGUGGUGUUGUUGAAACAAUAAGAGUCUGCGCUCCUGCUCAUCCCAAUAAAUUAUCCUACAAUGAAUUCCUGGGAAGAUAUGGAUUUUUAUUACGAAGAAAUGACAUGAAUGCAGAGAAUGGUACUGAGAUUGUAAAAGAGCCGUCUCAUAAGAAACGUCGACGAAGUAUGACUAACAUAGAUUUACGUCGGGAUGCUUGUGAUCGAAUAUUAAAACAAAUCAACAAAAAUGAGGAUGAAAUUGAGAAUGAGAAACCAUUGCAGUAUGGAAAAACAAUGAUAUUUUUGUCAUCAAAAUUGUUUGAAUCUCUGGAGUCUUCACGUUCAGAAGAAAUAGUCACGUGUACUGUCACAGUUCAACGAGCUUGGCGUGGAUAUGUACAUCGAAUGAAAUGCAGAGCUGAACGAAAAGCUUUGAUUGCGAAGCGAGAGAAUGCUGCAACUGUUUUACAAAGGAAUUGGACAUAUACAGUGAAUUUGAGGAAAUGCAGAGAGGAACGUAGAAAACUUAUCAUAAAAAGAUUUAACUCUGCUGUCUUGUUGCAACGAUGUUGGUUGACAUAUAGAAGAAAAACUGAAGCAAAGAAAUGGAGGAAAACUGAAAUCGGGAAGAGAGAGAAUGCUACAGUUGUUAUUCAAAAAGGUAGAACAGCAGAGAAAAAAGUGACAUUUGAGGAAGGUAGCCCAUCAGUUUUCAGAGGCUGGAGAAUCCGUUGCAAAUAUAAAGACCUUCUAGAUGCCUGGAGACAACUCAAACUCUUACCAGAGCAGGAUUAUCGGCGAAUGGUUGAAAAACGUUUGAGGAUUCUUCUCGGACCUGAGCCCUCGUUGACCCCUUCGCCAACUUACGAAGCGAUUCGAGCGAGUUUUGAAAUGCCUGUUGUUCCCCCUCAAAAUUCGAGCACACGUACACCAUCUAGUGACAGCGGAUAUUCUCAAGCGAGUUGCACAAACGGUAACGAGAGUAUGAAUGAGAAAUUAACUGUUUAUUAUGACGAAACAACGUCUAAAAAUGUCAUUGUUAAAGAAAAUGUCAUUGACGAUGACCUUGAACCCUAUGAGCAUGACCUUCACUUUCAUUUGCACCCUGCAGUGAUCACAUCGAAGUCACCAAUACAUGACCAUAAUCGUUUGAGUGGAACAAGCUCACCUAAGCAUGACCAUAAUCGUUUGGGCGUUACAAGCUCACCCAUACGCGGUCAAAUCCUACCUGGUACCUCGUAUUCACCAAUUGGUAUUCCGAAUUUAUCUCUACAUAAUGAUAGCAUGACAAGCUCACCAAUGCAUAACAGUCACAUGACAAACUCAUCCAUGCAUGACUCUGUUCACAUGACUACAUGGAAAUCAGAUAUGGAUUUACCUUUGGAAAGACUAUUGCAUUCAGGCAGUGGAAUUAGACAUGCAAAGUUGGUCCGCAGUUGCACAAGUUUGGACAAGGUCGCAGAGGUCAAAGGUGAACCUCGCAGGUCAACAUCAAUGCCAAAAAUACCGAGAGGUCCUGGUGUUAUAUACGCGUGGCACAACCGAGCUGUUAUCUCUAUGAUGACCUCUAAACGACCUAUGUCCUUGUCAUCUGACCCCAUGACCUUGAUCGAAAUGCAGUAUAAUGAAAGUUCAUCAGUUUUGACAACACCGUUUUCUAGUCUCAGAAUCCCGAAACGCAGCCAGGGGCAUCAUCGUAGAGUGAAGCAUCGCCAUAGUGAUAGACAUGCUCGAUUGAGUCCACCACAAUAUACUUCGUACUCUUGGUCACCCACUCGGUUUAAAAGGAUUCCUAAGAGUGGAAGUAACUGUAUUUUAAAAUACGCUGAUGUCCCUCCAAAGACACCAACGAAAAAUUAAAGACUUUUCAUAAAAUUCAUGCAUACUACUUUGACAUGACCUUGAGAUUUUUUCGUACUGUGUUUUACACCUCCACAUCUAAUAAUGCCGUGUACAAUCAGCCGAACUAAAAAGCUGAUAUUUUUGAUAAGUAUUGUAUUCUUUGGUUUAAACACAAUCCAAAAACCAAUACAAUCUUCAAAUUGUAUAUGUGUAUAUUUUUUCAGUGUAUUCAUGCCUUCACAUCUGAUAAAGCUAUAAAAGCAGCAAGUGACACCAAAAGCUAAUAUUUUUUGAAAAAACCAUAAUCUUUUUCGGUCCGCCAUAUAUACAUUGACUUGGCGGGCUUAAAAGUUCUUAGAUCGCCUCAUUUUAAAUUGAAAUUGUUCAAAUGUAUAAACUGAGCUCUUGAUGUUUUUUUUUUAUCCAAUGUACAGUUAUCAAUCUGUAGUUCUCAUGCGAGACAUUCAAUUAUUUCCCUCUGUGUUGAUGAACUAAGGCAUAUGUAUUGUACUCACUCUUUGUAUACAAUUUUGGGGGCUCCCGAAGUCUGCGAACCAAGAUGGCGGACAUCGGAAUGUAAUAUGUGUACUAGGUUAGGGUUAGGCCAUAAUUUUAGGUAUAAAUACUAUGGGAGGCU